GUGUGUGCGUGUGUGUGUGUGUGUGUGUGUGUGUGCGGGUGCGUGUGGGCGUGUGCAGGUGUGAGUACUGGCCGUGGAGCUCAGACGGCAGACGGUCCGCCAGGAGAACAGCAGAUCAGAGCUCUGUGAGGGGGCUCUGACUGCUAACCAUGGAGCCACAGCACUGAGGGGCCGCCCUCAGAUAAAACAUAAAAGCCAAACAAUAUUGGAUAAAUUAACAAGAAAAGAAAAAAAACUUUAAAAAAGGAAAAAAGACAGAACAAUGGUUGCAGAAGAAGUGAUCAUCACCCUGUCCGGUGGGGCACCGUGGGGCUUUCGUCUGCAGGGAGGCGUGGAGCAUCAGAAACCGCUCCAAGUGGCGAAGGUGCGUAAGCGUAGCAAGGCCUGCCGGGCUGGGCUGCGGGAGGCGGAUGAGCUGGUAUCUAUCAACGAACAACCAUGUGGAUCUCUUUCCCAUGCCCAGGCCAUGAACCUCAUCGACAGCUCCGCUGGAAUACUAAACAUCCUGGUCAGAAGGGCGCCUGCGGCUUUUCAAUCUGUUGUCCUUGUCACCCGUGCUCCGUCUCCACGGAUAGAUAAAGAAUACCGGGCGGCUCUAAAAGCCAUGUCACCAACCCAACCCCACCAUGCGCCUGUCCGCGAGGUCCACCGUAGUCGCUCCUCCUUGACCAGUGGAUUAACUUCCCCACCUGGCAGCGAAGCUUAUUACGGGGAGACAGAUAGCGACGCAGAUGUGGCUGGUUAUGAGAGGCAACGGCGACAGAAACGCAGAAGCCCCAGCAACUCCAACUCCGGGAAACCAUCAGGAAGGACAUCUCCUGAAGGAGGGGAGACGUCAGAGAUGAGUGGCUACGACAGUGCUCCGGAUGCCCAGGCUUUCCCUCGUUCACUGGAAGGACGUGGGGGAAAUGGAGAUGAAGGAGGCAACCUUCCCGGGGUCACAAGAAAAGAGGUUGUUUACAAACCGCCAGGUCCAGGAAUGUGGUCCUCCCAGACGUCCACUGAAACUUCCUCGAUCAUCUCCUCAGCAGAUGACCAGGGGCCACGGGACGGAGGACAGGAGGAAGACAGUGGUUUUCUAGAGCCGGCCAAUGUGCCGCUGGUGUCCCCCGAGAGGGCAAAGGAGGCUCUGAUGUUGGGUUCUCGCAGUCAGCUUGUGCCCAUGGUGGGUCCCUUGAAUAAACCCAUUGAUGAGGAACUUACGACAACCUACAUGGAAAAGGCUAAGCAAGCUAAACUGAAUCGAGGGGACACACUUCAGGACAAGCAAGUAAAGGAAGCCAAGAGCAAGUGUCGGACAAUUGCGUCUUUGCUGACAGAUGCUCCGAACCCUCACUCCAAAGGAGUGUUAAUGUUCAAGAAAAGAAGACAGCGCUCAAAAAAAUACACCUUGACAAGCUUUGGGAGUGUAGAUGAGGACAGGUUUCAGGACUCACAAGAGGAUGACGGGGUGUUUCCUGGCAGCGAAUCUGAGUUUGAUGAGGAGGGCUUCUCUGGAGCUCCAGACCCAACUUGGGAUAGCGACUAUCUGGAUAAGCUGGAAAAGAGGGCGACGGCAGGCACAGAAGGUCGUGAGGUUGGAACAGAAAACGCUUUGAAUCCUGGUUUGAGUGACACUGUAGGAAAGGGUGCACAGUUGUUUGAGCAGCAAAGAAAAAGAGUGGAUGAACUUGCAAAGAAAGGAGAGGCAGCACAUUCUCAUGCACCCGUUGACUCUCAAGUACAGGAGCACUGUCAGGUGCAUCCAUUGCAUCUUGAAAUUCCUGUGCAAGUGCAACCAACACAAGGACCUCAACAGUCACCAUCUGGUCCUAUACCUGCACAGGCAGUUCAGCCUCAAAUUGUUAAUUCCCCCCAUGCAGUACCUCAUGGGAACUUACCUAAUUCUACAGUGAGUGCAGUUAGCAUGGUGAUGGCACCUCCUCCUGUAGCAGCCAAGCCAGCCACAGCCUUAGUUACUGUUCUGAGCAGUUCUGCACCCCCUCCUGAAACCCCAUUGCCUGAACUGCCUGCAAGCAAUGUUCUAAACAGAACAGCACGUCCUUUUACCCCUGGCUUCAUCAGCAUUCGAGCCGCAACUGCUCCUGUAACGUUUCGACCAGCUGUCUCUAAGAAGACACAGCGACCUGCCUCAGCAGCUGUUGUGACCCCACCAUUUUCCACUGCUUCUGAAGUAGCCAAUAAUGCAACACCCGUUACAUCACAGCGACCCCCUGGUCCUCCACCAGUGGUUCCCCCGCCAUACUCCUUUCUUAAAGCUUCCCUACCUCUGACACCAGAAGCUCCUGUUACUAUUCCCACUCCUGCUCUUUCUGCCCCUUUUGAAACAAUGCAGUCAUCACCGGGGUUAAGUGGUGUUCAUCAUUCUCCAUUUUCUACUAUGACCCCAGUGUCUGUGCCUUCAGUACCUAGACCCCCACAAACAGCAUCAGUUCCUGUUUCUCCUUUGUCCAAAAUCAAUGACUCAGCUGAUCCAAUUGCCUCAGUUCCUCCACUCCAAGUGCCAGCGGCUCAGCCACCAGCUCCACAAGUUUUCAUACCAUCAGUUACUCAAGAAUCUGCAAUCACAAAGCCUGAAGCUGUUGUCGCAACCCCUGUCCCUGGUCCGACAGGUCGUACAGGAAUCUUACUUGAAGCAAGACGGCGUAGUGGCAAACCUAAACCUAUGUUUCAUGUGCCAGAAGUGGUAAAGAAAUCCCCAAAUCCUGACUUAUUAUCAUUGGUUCAGAACCUAGAUGAAAGGUCCACCAGAUACAAAUAUGGCCAAACAACUGCUGAUGAUGUUUAUGAAGAGGAGGAAAGUGGUGAGGCUGGCACAGGAAGGGCGCCACCCCCAGUUGCACCAAAACCUCGGGUCAUUCAUGAGACCCCACAGAUUCUUCAAGCUGGGGGCAAAGGGGCUCAAUUGUUUGCUAAAAGACAGAGCCGCAUGGGUAUGUAUGUAGUCGACACCCCACCUGAGACCUCUUAUCAGCCAGAUGUAGCCAUGCAAAAUACAUCUCAACAGUGUGACUUCUAUGUCAAUUCUUCCCAUCCCUCUCAUUGGAAAUACUCUCCAAACGUCCGUGCACCUCCACCUAUAGGAUACAACCCGCUAUUAGCCCCUUCUCUUCCCUCAGGCCCUCAGAAAGAUACAGGCAACCCAGACAACAAGGCAAGAGGAAGCUCCCAAAAGGAAGGCAUCAAGGCCGUGGAUUUCAUGAAGAGGCAGCCUUAUCAGCUCAACUCUGCCAUGUUCCAGUAUGGAGGCAGUGUCACCAAUCUGUCAGCCAUGCCUUCAUACCAGGCCCAGCAGAACAACUAUACAACAACAAUGGUGGGAAGCUCACUGACCUCACCUCGGCAAAUACCCCUCAAAACAGCCCGUGUCUAUGAAAUCAAGCGCUUCUCUACCCCAACACCUAUGUCAGCUCCAACUAUCACACCUAAAGUCAUUGCUCCUCGCUCAGCUACCACUCUUGGAGAACGUUUGACUCGUUCAGGCAUGACAUCCCCACCUCCUGUCGCCUUUUCUCCAGCUUCAGCUCCUCUCCAGUCAGUCUGUACUUCAAAACCAGUUUUUUCUUCCUCCCAACCGACACGGCUACCCAACCUGCCAAAGUUCUCUGCCACCCCUAUUCCAUGCCCCGUACCUCCUUCGGUCCCCACACCUUACACUCCAGCCUCGUUCUCCAGUGGGCUGCAGACAGCCAAGCAGUUUCAGAGUGCUCCAGAACUUAGCAUUCUUGCAUCUUUGCCCCCGCUGAAAAACAACCCCGUUCAGGCCCCCAAACCACAUUUUGUUGCCACUAGGGGCGGUGCGCAGCCCCAUGUCUGGAGACCAGGAGCAUUUUAAAAAGGCAACACACCUGUGGGGUUAGUAAUUAUCAACGUGAAACCUAUUAGUAUCAACUGUUAUAACUGCUUACAAAAAGGAAAGUUUUUGCUGGCUGCAUAAACAAAGAUAAGGGUUUUGAGGAUACUGAUUUUGGAAUUCUUUCAACAUUUUACAAUAUGUUGAAAUACCAAGGUAUUACAAAUUAAUUUCCUAUUUGGUAAAGAACAAAACAUUAGGCAAUGUUUAACCAAAAGAAAUUAUUUUAUUAUGAAGUUCAAAAAACGUCACAUUAACAAAUACCUAUGUUCAAAAUACUGAAUUUGACAUACGCCUUUGCUUUUGACAUAUAACUUGAUGCUAAUGGGGUAAAGUAGUACCCUGGACCUAGUUUUGAUUAGGCAUUUGCAGGUUUAUGCCUUUCGUUUAGAAAGAAUAUAAACCCUAAUGCUCACUUUAGCCUGGAAGGAAUGAUUUCUCAUUUGCACAGGUCACAUUAUGUGAGCACAGUUAGAGCAAUACUUGUCACCUGGCUAAUUUUAGAUGCCACUCAGGUACAACACACUCUCAUUUUGCAAUGUGGUUGUUUGCAGAUAUAUGUACAUUGUUAAAUUUUAUUAAACAAAUUCUAAAUAUAAAGGAUGUGUAUUUUACUUGAUUUCUGGUUUUAGAGGAAUUAAUGGAAAGUCGGCGCUGUUCAAUUUUGUGAAAGGGCUUAAGGAAUGAGAGCAGCUGUGAAGAGAUGGCGAGACAUGUAAUGGAGUCUUGGUUAGAUCGUUGUCCAUUUGCCUGAAAUGGACGUGGUCACAUCUUUUAAAAUUAAGUCUUCUGAUUCAUUAGAUGCAGAUUAAAAUCUCACAGACUGUAGAUGUGAACAGGAUGGCCAGGGAAGUAUGAUCAGGUAAAUUUGUGGUGGAGCUUAAAGAACUGAUGGACGGAAGACAGAGGCUUUAUUGGCAUCUUUUUUCCCACAAUAGUUGUGACAAAAAGCUGAAGUGUAAUGGAAAUGUACCUUGAAACAGAUGCUUUGAUGGAAGCAAGUAAGGCACAUCUACAAUUGUUUGUUCUUUUUUUUCUUUUCUUCUUUUUUUUACUAAUGUAAGACAUAAUUUCUAAUGAAUAUUUGCAUUUAUAAUACAACGGCUAAAGAUACUAAAAUUUUGCAUAUAGUUAUGUUGAGGUGUAAAAUAUGUUAUUCAAGCAGCUGGAUAGUUAGAUUAGGUGUGAAACUAUUUGUUAUUUUUGCUGAGUUAGAGUUUAUACUGAGUAAGAGAAGGCAAAUAUUUUGGAGAAAUAAAGUUAGACUUGAAAGAA